AUGCAGGGUAAACGCUGGACGGACCCAAACCGGAGGCGCUGUCUGUGUGACCCGGCUGCCUCCGGUGCCGGCAGCUGCCACACGCGUGGCCACCCCGGCCGCGCUCGCCGCUCCCCUGCGCGGGACAGCGCCGGCCAAGGCUCCGAGCCCCCGCCCCUGCGGAGAAGGCGGUGUCUCCUCCCCGCCGGCGGGGCCGGGCAUAGCUGGGCGGCAGCCAUGGCCGGGCGGGCCGUCAUGAGGCUCGGCGGCUGGUGGCAGGCGGCGCGGGCCCUGCGGGCGGCGGGCGGCGGCUGGAGCUGGACGGCAGCGCCCGGGACGAGCUUGGCCGGCGCCCGGGGACAGCCCCGAGUGGCUGCGUUUGGCGGCGCUGCUCCGCCCCGAGCCGGUCCCGCGGCCGGGCUGACCCACCGUGCCUCCCCGCCAGGCCCCACCUGCCGCGGCCUGUGCGCCGCCGCGGAGCCGAGCCUCUCCUACCAGGAGCUCAAAGACUUGAAGAAGGCCAACGUCCUUCACAUUGACGUGCGGGAGAGGUGGGAGAUCGACAGGUUUGGAAAAAUCCCGGAGUCCAUCAACAUACCGCUGGGUGAAUUAAUGGAAGCUCUACAAAUGGACCCAAUGGACUUCAAGCAGCAGUAUAAUCAAAACAUGCCAUCCAAGUCAGACCCUGUGGUUUUCUCCUGUUUGGCAGGAACAAGAAGUAAACAAGCUCUUGGUUUUGCCAUGUCCUUGGGUUUCAGCAGAGUUCAGCAGUAUGCUGGUGGCUUUGACGACUGGGUAAAACAUGAACCUCCAGAAAAGAAAUGAAGAUGACAGCCCCAGCCCUUACCCUAUCAAGGAAUCAGAAUGGUUUGUAGGUUUUAGCAAACCACAUCCCUUCCACUUCCAUAAUAAAGCUCACAACUGGCUUCUUGUGUAAAUAGACAUUCAGCUUCAAAUUGCCGUAUCUAUCAACUGGUUUAAGUUAUACUUGAAGACUAUGACACAAACAGAGGACAUUAAAUUUGCUCAGCCUUUCAACCUUUACUUUGGGUUAUGGUUUUGGUGAAUGCAUGUGAAAAGAACAUAAGUGCAGAUUAUGUUUACUUUUUUGUAUGAUGUAGCUUAUGACUGUUUAACUAAUGAUGAUAGGACAAAUAAAAUUAUUAUUUCUCAAA